GUUUUUUUUCGCCGGGCGGAGCGAAGUAUCAAGGGCGGAUCGAGGCGGAAUGACCCCCGUCAUCGGCAGGGUGUGAUAUAUCUGACUAACCUGCGCUUUGCGCUCCAUCCUGCUGAGCGUCGCUCCGCGAACCCGCAAAGAAACAGGUCACUGGCAGUGUUUAUCUCUCGGUAGUGAGGAUUCCAGUUGUGGAUUAACCAAUGUCUUCAAAGCCAAACGGGAGUCCUCCUCCCUAUACUAACGAUGAUGUUUACCAUGCACCCCCAGAUCUGUAUGAUGCAGGACCACCGCAAACAGCCUAUUCCUAUUAUCCCGAUGAUGAGAUCCAACACUUCUAUCGCUGGACUUCCCCACCUGGCAUUAUCAAAAUCAUUGCAGUUAUCAUUAUCAUUAUGUGCGUCGCCAUCUUUGCCUGUGUAGCUUCCACACUGGCUUGGGACAGCAACAUGGGCAUGAUGGGCUUUGGUGGCCUAUCAGGAAAUUAUGGAGGAACCUCCUAUGGAGGGGGCUAUGGAGGGGGCUAUGGAGGGGGCUACAAUAGCUUUGGUGGUGCGGGCUAUGGAGCUGGAAAUGGCUACGGCUAUGGAACCCUGGGAGGCAACUACAUCGACCCCAGGAAGGGCAAGGGCUUCAUGAUUGCCAUGGCAGCCAUCAUUUUCAUUGCCGUUCUUGCGAUCUUCAUCUUGGUGGUGUCCCGGCAAUAUGCGUGCCGAACGCGGAAGUUCUACCUGAUCUUCAUCAUCGGCUGUGCCAUCCUGGCCUUCUUCAUGUUCAUAGCUACGAUAGUGUACUUGGUAGCUGUCAAUCCCAUGGCCCAGUCUUCGGGGUCUGUGUAUUACAGCCAGAUCAUGGGCUUGUGUGCUCAGUACCAGACCCCUCAACCAAGUGAUAUCUUCGUCAACCAGUAUCUGUACCACUACUGUGUGGUGGAACCUCAGGAGGCCAUUGCUAUUGUUCUUGGAUUCCUGGUGACCGCCGGACUGGUCAUCAUGCUGGUGUUUGCCGUGAAGACCCGUCUGGCGAUCGGGCGGUAUGGGAAGGAGCAGAUUCUCUGGGACAAAGUUAAGGUUAUCAAUGAAGAGGAUGCGCCGCAGGAUGUGGAAGAAUGGGUGAACAACGUGUCAUCUACGCCACCACAUCUGCUGGCUGAGUAUCCUGAAAAGUUUGGGUCCAGAAACCACCUGGAUGACCACAGUAUGGAAUAUGGCAAACCGCCCUACAGUUACAACCCAGACCUGGCCAAUCAGGAUACACUCCCACACACCUUGGGUCCCUACAGCAGUAGUUCUAGCUCUCUGGGGAAGCCUGGGAAGAAGCCGAGCGGACGGCCCUCACGCACCAGUGGCUAUGACACUGCUGAGUCUGGUGAUGAGCUGGAUGAUGAUGAGUUUGAUGGUGAGUUUCCACCCAUUACUACUGAACAGCAGAGGCAGGACUAUAAGCGGCAGUUUGACAAGGACCACCAAGAGUAUAAAAGCCUGCAGGCGGAGAUGGACAACGUCAACAAGAAUCUGGCUGAAGUGGACCAGGAUCUCGACAGCCUUGAAGAAGGAAGCCCGCAGUUCCUGGACGCCAUGGAUGAGUACAACAGGCUGAAGGAAAUGAAAAGGUCUUCGGAUUACCAGACGAAGAAACAAAGGUGUAAGUAUCUGAAAGGCAAACUCUCGCACAUCAAGAAGAUGGUCAGUGAUUUUGAUCACCGAGAUUAACCUCUGACCCUGGACUUCAGCCUGGUUCGGCCAUUUUCUGGGUGAACGUGUCUUACUGCAUCGAAAAGAUCACUAAAGGGCAGGUCAUUGCAGUGAGGUUUUUCUUUCAGCAUAAUAGUAUUCAAACAUAUCAAUUUAUGUAGAUCUUCACUUUUUUAAAUCUCCAUAAAAGGAGAUGUACUGGAUGCAAGUUUGACACAUGAAAUGAAUUUGUUUGACAAAGCAGUUUUUUAUUCACUUGUAUAAAUGUUUUUUUUUUUUUUUGUAAUGUUGAUGAAUACCAGUGAUUUCUAAUGUCUAGUACUUAUUGCACAGUUUGAACUACUACUAUAAUCUCUUGUAAACUGUAACUAUGGAGUAGCAUGCUGUUAAUGGGUUUCUGUCAGUGGCUCAUCUGGAAUUCUGGAAACUUCCGCAGAACAUUACUCUGUACCCAUUUCUGGGUUUCACUGUGAAAAUUGAAACUAAUCAAAGUCUGCUGCAGUGUACUAAUUAGUCUUUUUUUUUUCUCAUUUCUUUGUAUGUAUUGAAUUCUACAACAUUUUGGUUUAUAGAGUUGUGCUGUAGGUUUUUAACAUGAACGUAUAUCAUACCCAAACUGAAUUUUGUACAUUUUAAAGCUCGUUUUGAAGUGCCUUUCGGGUUUUAACUUUUAGGAGACUAACUGCAGAUGAAUGGCUCCAGUAUAAUUUUUACCAACUACUUUAUAUUUAUUUUAUAAACUGGAUUAAUAAAACUAUUGAAGUCAUCUUUUGUUUCAGUGACUAUAUAUAGGAAAUGUUGUUUUAAAUGAAAUGAUUGCCGAACCUGUAUAAUCCAGUCCUUGUGCAAUUUUCUGAAAUUAUGCAAUGGACCUUUUGAGAAUGUAUGGCUUAACGUUUCCUCACUCAUAGCUGGAGUCAUAGGGUUAACUGGGAGGAGAAACCAACAAUCUAGACUGGCUGUGAUUCUUAAAGUAGCAUUCAAGUGUAUGCAGUACAGAAACGGGUGGCUUUGGCCUGAUGGCCUGGAGUGUUCUGUAUUUUUCCAUUUUAUUAUAUUAAAAAGCUGUUGUGUGUAA